AUGUGGGCAGCGUUAGUGGGAAAUAUUUUCAAGAAGGUUGCAAGCAUCGACUCUGGCACAUUUUCGGCAGAUUUCAGCGAGGGGCAGGUGAUAUCCAUGAUUGGACAGGAUGCAAGCAUCUUUCCGUACAUGGGGCCCUUCCUAUGCAUUUUCCUGGCGAUGCCAUGCAAUGUCGUGCUACCAUCCAUCAUCCUUACAUACUAUUUGCGUGAAGCUUUUCUCGUUGGUUUAGCUUCCUGUGUGCUUGUGUCGGUGCUGAGCAGUUGGGCAGCGGCGGCCUACAAGCGGAAGGUCAAAUCCAAGCUGACCGUGGCUGAUUCGCGCCUUGUACUUGUCAACGAGACUCUUCAAGGAGCUCGGUCCAUCAAGUACUGUGCCUGGGAGGGGGCACUGGAGGCAAGGAUCAAGCGAGUGCGAGAUGAAGAGGUGAGGCUCUUGUCAUGGAUUCACUUGUGCUACGCCCUUCAGCAGGGUGCCAUGGCUGCGCUACCUCUGAUUGGGAUUGCCACGUCCUUGCUGACACACGCAGCCCUCGGUCGUUCGCUUGAGGCAGACAUUGUAGCCAUGACCGUCGCGUAUUUUGACCCCCUGACGUUUGGCUUCAUGCUUUGGCCGAACUGCAAGAUGCAGGUGCAGAUGAUGAGUGCGGGUGUGACUCGUAUUGAACGCUUCUUGCUGGUGGAGGAGAUGGAAGAAGCCUCACAGCCUGUCCCAGAAGAGGUUGAGAAAGGCAUCUACCUAGACCGAGCUAGCUUCUCCUGGAAUGGGGACAAAUUGCAUCUACAGGAUGUCAGCUUGACCGUAGGAUCCGGACAGCUUCUCAUGGUAGUUGGCCCUGUGGCCUCGGGCAAGUCCACCUUGGUUUCGGGCAUCUUUGGCUUGGUCCACCAGGUUGAGGAGGGCGGCUCAUGCCAGCUUAAAGGGCAGCCGGCCUACGUGCCCCAAAAUCCGCAAGUCCUAAACGCUUCAGUGCGGGAGAACAUCCUCUUCGGCUUGCCUUUCCUGGAGGAGAGGUAUGAAGAAGCCAUCUCGGCAUGUUGUCUCGAUCAGGACUUGGAUCAGUUUGUGGAAGGAGAUGCCACAGAGAUAGGGGAGAAGGGGAUCACCAUCAGUGGUGGCCAGAGAGCACGCAUUGCUCUUGCACGGGCGUAUUAUUCUAAUGCAGAUGUCGUAGUGCUGGAUGACCCCUUAUCUGCAAUGGACGCUCAUAUUGGUGCACGUGUUUUCUCUGCCUGCGUUCUUGCCCUGCGAGCACAGGGCAAGGCCAUUUUGAUGACAACGAACCAGUUGCAGUUAUGCUCCUCUGCAGAAACUCGGUUUUGCAAAUGCACAAGUUUUUGUUAUUUCCGAGCAGGCCUUGUUUGCCGCAAUCCGCUUGCCUGCCAUCCCCAACGUUAA